CAUCCCCGAAAACAAAAUGCCUCCAAUACGGUAUAAGGUAGCCUGCUUGGCACAGCACACGUUAUUUUAAUAUACUCUCCUUUGGUUCAACUUUUGCUUUCAUCUGUCGAUACCAUCAUGCUCUUAGGGUAGAAUAUACUUUCAGUCAAUGUCCAGGGGAAAUUCUUUAGAUUUGUCGAGUUCAAUCCAGUCGAUUUUUACAACACAGUGGCGCCUAAAAUUUGGCCAUUUCGUUGGAUAUGGAUCCACAACUCCCAACCCCGUCGAAUCCCGACCCUUCAUCCAACAAACCUGUCAAGAACGGCCGUGGGCGGCCAGCUAAGGUCCGGAAAGCCUGGAAUGCUUCGAUCCGCCGAAAGCUUGUCAGGCUUUACACUUCUUCUAGUCUCACCCUAGAAGACCAGAGGCGGCUUCUCGGAGACAUUGCAGGAGAGUCAUGCUGCGAGAGGACGAUGCAGAAUAUACUUAAGGAAGAGCUAGGACCAAAUUACAAAGAUCUUCGAGCUAAGGGAAAACGUGCCAGGGGCAACAUGAAGGCGAGGACAGACGAUCUAAGACAGCUAAGGGAUGGGAAUCCAGAUCCAAGCUUCCUAGAGUUCAAUAUGGGUGAGCUCUUCGAGUUUGACCUUGACAAAUCUCUGGAUAGCCGUCCUCAUGCGCUGGAUUCGUGGACUAUUGCUCAUGCCAAUCUUCCAACAGGAUCUGCUGUUGAGGCGAAAGACAAGGCUUCUAACGGUCUUCGUCUUCAGCAGAGGCUGGAUGAGAACAACUGUACAGUUCGCUACACUGAAUCCGUGAUACGGGAUGCUAGGAGUUUAGUGUUUGGACUGUCAGCUAUCAAUACCGCUGUCCGCUUUACUACUCAAAAGCCAUUCGAUUGGACGGUGCCGAACGCUCGACCCCGAGAUCCGCUGCAUUGCUGUGAGAUCUCUUCUCAAACAUGCAUUCAUAGAUCUGUCGCACAAGACCUGGUUUCGAGUACUGCCCCGGAGGACACCAACGUGUAUGGUCGACUGCCUCGAAAUCCACAUGUUCGUGAUGUGAGGAGAGACACAAUUUUUCACAUCGCAGCCCGAAAAGGAGCCACGCCUAAAUAUCUUCGGAAUCUGCUCAAACAUUAUCCCGACUUCAAUGUCAAUACGGUCAACUGCUUCGGUCAGACAUUCCUUCAUCUUGCCAAUCCGGGACAGGAGGCGGAAUUGGAUGAAGCAGAUUUUAUCUCGUUGAUACAAGAAAUGGCUGGAAGGAAUGCAGAUCUCUCGUGUAGAGAUUUCAAUGGACAGACUGCCCUAAUGAAGAUUUUGAGCGAAAUCGAUUCAAGUCGGGCAGAGGCAUUCAACCGUUUGGUACUUAAACCAAUUUUCGCUUCCUCAAAUUUAGCUGCCACAACCAAGGCCUUUUUCGAUUCAUCCUCGGAUCGAUUCGGCAAGAGUGUUGAAGACCAUCUCCAAGGCAUAUAUAUUACGCCGUUUUCCAUUUCAUCCUAUUUUUCGGGUCACGCAGAAAUUAUGAACCUAUCAGACUGGGACCAGUUAGAUGACAGGUUCGGCUACCGGUUGUCAUUCGACGUUACGGAAGGUUGUACCACACUAAUUGCGGCGAAUAAGCCUCAUCCCAGGAGCUACCGGCCCUAUGUUCCCACGGCUUCUCAAAUAGCCAGCUCAAUUCUCGAUGACAAGGGAAUAGACGCCGCAUUAGAAGUCCUGAACAGUGGUGUCCUACUUAAUACGUACAAGUACUGGGGCAACCUGUCUAUUUGGGAUGGAUUCACACCGCUCCAUAUAGCAAUCAACAGCCGCAACCGGCCCGCUAUCAAGGCCGCGAAGCUAGUCCAGAAGCUCAUUGAGCGUGGUGCGAAUCCCCAUUGGCUCGACUACCAGGGGCGAAGUCCUCUGUGGGUUGCUGUUGAACGGGGAUCGGUUGAGGUUGCCGUAAUCCUCCUCAAGCACGGUGCAGAUCCCAACUUCGACCCUUAUGGCUUUGGGUUCAUCGAUGAGGAUGUUAUAACUGCCCGGGAGCUUGCGAGGCGUUGUCUGACUGAGCUAGACAUGAUGUCCGAGCCGUUGGAAUAUGGUCGUCGCCUUCAAAUGCAUCUGUUGCUCUCGGAGUACGCCUCGUCAGGGAAUCUACCCCGGGAAAAGCCCUUGACGGAGGCGAUUCUGCGCAAUAUUGGACGUCGCCAGACCGACGACGUAUAGCACGAAGGACUGGAUGGUUAAGAGGGUUUUAAAUUCGGGCAGCUUGCUUCUUAUUCACGGGUUGGGCGUCUCAAGACAUUGGUGUACAUUCACAAUAUUACAGCUAUUACAUCCGAGCUCCUUUAGAUUUCCCACAAUUCAACUGGAACUUUGGAACAGCUCUGGCAACAUGUUGCCAUCUGGAAUUCUUUCUCAGUUCAUGCGAAACCCCCCAGCGCCUC